AUGGUUUUCGAAGUCGUGAACCCCUGGCAUAGGCCAAAGGAUUUUGAACCUCUACCCCUCGCAGCACUUGUCUACCAAGCUCCCGUGAAAUCGCUCCUUUUCCGAGCAUACCGCGUAGCAACAUGGCUGCGCUCUGCGCCUACGCCCUCAAACCCACCACUACGCGUAGUAUGCAUAUCAGACACUCACAACCAUAUUCUAGACAACGUACCGCCAGGAGACAUCCUCAUUCACGCAGGGGAUAUGACGAAUACUGGGAGUGUCGCCGAGCUACAACGCCAAGUCGACUGGCUUGCAAGCCUGCCACAUAAAGAAAUCAUGGUGAUUAGCGGAAAUCACGAUACGUAUCUAGACCCACGGACACGGCCAUCGCUUCAAGAAGAGCAGAGAAGUGGGAACGUGGAUUGGGGGCGCGUUCACUAUCUACAGCACCGGCGACUGAGCCUGACAAUCACCGUCGACCCGAGAGAUUCCGGCUCUAGGACACCGUUGCUGGCAGAACGACGACAGAGAAGGAUACACAUCUAUGGCGCGCCGCAAAUUCCUGCUUGUGGACCGAUGGCUGUGCACGCCUUUCAGUAUCCGCGAGGACAGGAUGCCUGGUCAGAGACAGUGCCUGAUGACACAGAUAUACUGAUCACGCACACGCCUCCAAAGCAUCAUUUGGAUCUUGCCGUGUCGCAGCAGGGCAUCGGAUGUGAGCACCUCCUGGCAGAAGUCAAGCGCGUGAAACCAAGUUUGCAUGUGUUUGGCCAUGUACACUGGGGGGCAGGACAGACGGUAGUGUGGUGGGACAGGACUCAUGAGGCAUACACUAGGGGCUUAUCAGUGCAGUCGAAGUGGACUCACGGCGUGCUCAACCCACGACUAUGGUGGAGUGUCGUCAGAGUGGCAUACCGCGGUAUGCGAGAAGUGAUAUGGGACCGUGUAUGGGGAGGGCAAAGUGCAUACACCAUCAUGGUCAACGCCGCCCAAACGCACGGAAAUACUGGGAAACUGGGCAAUGCCGUCCAGGUAGUGGACAUAUAG